CUUGGGACUCGGACCACCGGCUGGGCGGAGGCCUAAGGACGCGGGUCCGGCCCGCCCCCGCCACGCCAUUGGCCACAUCUAUAUAGAAAAGAGCGGCUGGCCGGGAGGUACCCGCAGUGUCACUGGGUCGUUCGGGUCCCUGGCUACGCGGUGGGCUAGGACUGGCUCGGCGCUGCAGCGGCAGUUCGCGCCCGGAAAGCUGCGCAGCUCUCUGGGCAUCUCCCGGCCCGCUCCGCACCCCCUGCCUCACAGUCCAAGGAGGCGGUGUGUCCCGAGGCGGGAAGCGGAGCGCGGGGGCAGGUCUGGAACGCCAUGAGCAGCCCGGAUGCGGGAUACGCCAGUGACGACCAGAGCCAGCCCAGGAACGCAUUGCCGGCGGUGAUGGCGGGGCUGGGCCCCUGCCCCUGGGCCGAGUCUCUGAGUCCCCUCGGGGACGUAAAGGUGAAGGGCGAGGUGGUGGCGACUAGCGGAGCGCCGGCCGGGGCCUCUGGCCGAGCGAAGGGUGAGUCCCGCAUCCGGCGGCCGAUGAACGCCUUCAUGGUGUGGGCAAAAGACGAGCGCAAGCGGCUGGCGCAGCAGAACCCGGAUCUGCACAACGCGGAGCUCAGCAAGAUGCUAGGCAAGUCGUGGAAGGCGCUGACGCUGGCGGAGAAGCGGCCCUUCGUGGAGGAGGCCGAGCGGCUGCGCGUGCAGCACAUGCAGGACCACCCCAACUACAAGUACCGGCCCCGGCGGCGCAAGCAGGUGAAGCGGAUGAAGCGGGUGGAGGGAGGCUUCCUGCACGGCCUCGCCGAGCCGCAGGCCCCCGCCCUGGGCCCCGACGGCGGCCGCGUGGCCAUGGACAGCCUGGGCCUGCCCUUCCCAGAGCAGGGCUUCCCCGCCGGGCCACCGCUGCUGCCCCCGCACAUGGGCGGCCACUACCGCGACUGCCAGGGCCUGGGCGCGUCCCCGCUCGACGGCUACCCGCUGCCCACGCCCGACACGUCCCCGCUGGACGGCGUGGAGCCGGACCCCUCGUUCUUCGCCCCGAUGCCGGGGGACUGCCCGCCCGCCGGCGCCUACAGCUACGCACAGGUCUCGGACUACGCGGUGCCCGCAGAGCAGCCGGCCGGCCCCAUGCACGCGCGGCUGGGUCCCGAGCCCCCGGGUCCGGCGAUGCCGGGGCUCCUGGCGCCCCCCAGCGCCCUGCACCUGUACUACGGGGCCGUGGGCUCACCCGCGGCGGGCGGCGGACGCGGUUUCCACAUGCAGCAGCCACUGCAACCGCAGCAGCCCCAGCAGCCCCAGCAGCACACCGCGCCCGGCCCCAGGCAGCCUUCGCCCCCGCCCGAGUCGCUGCCCUGUCGGGAUGGCACGGACCCCGGUCAGCCCGCAGAGCUCCUGGGGGAGGUGGACCGCACGGAAUUUGAACAGUAUCUGCACUUUGUGUACAAGCCCGACAUGGGCCUGCCUUACCAGGGACAUGACUGCGGCGUGAACCUCGCAGACAGCCAUGGGGCCAUUUCCUCAGUGGUGUCUGAUGCCAGCUCUGCGGUGUAUUACUGCAACUACCCGGACGUUUGACGGGCUCCCGGUCCGCCCCAGCCUGCAGGCCAGAAGCAGUGUUACACACUUCCUGGAAGCGCUAAGGAAAUCCUUAGCCUCCUGUUUCACUUUGUUUUUAAGUUGCCUAGGCAUAUAAUUUAUGGUAAUUUAUUUUGUCUGC